GGACCCUUUGGUACCAGCUUCCAAAGCUCCUACAUGCCUAACCUUCAAAAGGCCAUACGCCUCGGCUCCAGAGAGUUCUUAGUAGUCACGAGUGAAGUGAGAGACCAGUAGACCACCUGCAGGCUGCAGCGGCAAUGGCUCGCCUCGCCGGCCUUGCUGCCCUUCUUCUCCUACUCCACCUUGCCUCUGCCGCCUCUGCAAGUAGUAACGUCCUUCUUGGACGAAAGGGCAGCAGCGUCGCCGCUGGGCAGUCGGCCGCAGCGGAGGAGGAGGAGAAGGCGGCAGCGUCGAGGUUCGCCGUCAUCUUCGACGCCGGGAGCACGGGGAGCCGGGUGCACGUCUUCAAGUUCGACAGCAAGCUCGACCUCGUCCCGAUAGGCGACGACAUCGAGUUCUUCGCCAAGAUAAAGCCCGGGCUGAGCUCAUAUGCUGGGCGACCUCAAGAAGCUGCAAGCUCCAUACUCCCCCUCCUUGAGCAGGCUAAGAAGAUUGUCCCUACCAGCCUUCAGAAAUACACUCCGCUUAAACUUGGGGCAACGGCUGGUCUAAGAUUAAUUGGAGAUAAGAAAGCAGAGGAGAUUCUUGAAGCGGUCCAGGAUCUUGUCCACACCAAGAGCAAAUUUCAGUACAAUCCCAAAUGGAUCACUGUUCUCGAGGGAACUCAAGAAGGAUCUUACCUAUGGGUUGCUCUGAAUUAUCUGUUAGGAAAGUUAGGAGGGGACUACUCUAAGACAGUUGGUGUGAUUGAUUUGGGGGGUGGAUCAGUGCAAAUGGCCUAUGCCAUUUCUACAAAUGCUGCUGCAAAUGCCCCAGCUGUGCCUGAUGGGAAGGAUCCAUACAUUACAAAGGAGUACCUCAAGGGGAAGGAUUAUAACCUCUAUGUUCACAGUUACUUGUACUAUGGCACUUUUGCUUCACGAGUAGAGAUCCUGAAGGCAAAGAAUGGGCCAUUUAGCCGCUGCGUAUUGCGUGGGUUUAGUGGUAAUUACACCUACAAUGGGAAGGAAUAUGAUGCAACAGCCUCACCUGAAGGCGCAGUGUAUGAUAAGUGCAGAGAAGAGAUAAUCAAGGCACUAAACUUGAGCGCACCAUGUGAAACUAAGAACUGCAGCUUUAACGGCGUGUGGAACGGAGGCGGUGGAGCUGGCCAGGACAAUCUCUAUGUUGCAUCUUUCUUCUUUGACAAGGCAACCCAGUAUGGUUUCAUCGAGAGUGAGGCACCCAGUGCAAAGUCCACCCCCGCGGCAUUCAAAGUAGCUGCAGAGAAGGUUUGUUCGUUGAGCGUCAAAGAAGUCAAAGCUGCAUAUCCUAAUGCCUUUGAUCUGCCAUAUGCGUGCAUGGAUCUUCUCUACCAAUACACGUUGCUCGUAGAUGGCUUCGGUUUGGAUCCAACUAAGGAGAUUACUCUGAUUAAUAGAGUGAAGUAUGGAGAGUACUAUAUUGAGGCUGCUUGGCCUCUGGGUACUGCUAUUGAAGCUGUUGCGCCCAAGAAGAUGACCCUGCAGGAUGCAUGAUUUAGUAGUCUCUUUCCGGGUCUAUACUCUUCCUGGGCAUGUGUUGUCUACGUACAACAUGGUCGCAUCUUUGCUGAUAUACAUGGAUUUGGCAUUGAUCCUAUGUAAUAAUCUCUGGUUAAAACCACUUUUGUGGUGUACUAUGUAUUUCUGAAAUUUUAGUCGAGCUGACGAGGCGACACUUUUAUCAGAGGCAGUCCACUAAUUCA